AAAAGUUGUGGCAGCGGUUUGAUAUGAUGAAUGACCGGUGCAUUAGGCCUUCAAACGGAAAUUGUCGUUGAGCACCUUCAUGUUGUAGGUUGUGCUGAAGCCCCCCGAAGCCCAGGCCACAACAUCAUGGCCUUUGCUGCCCCCGCCUCGAACCCCACCGUGGUGGACCAGACCACCCUCAUGAAGAAGUACCUGCAGUUUGUGGCAGCUCUCACCGACAACAACACGCCCGAUGAAACCAAGCUGAAGAUGAUGCAGGAGGUCAGCGAGAACUUUGAGAACGUGACUUCUUCGCCCCAGUACUCCACCUUCCUGGAGCACAUCAUCCCCCGCUUCCUCACCUUCCUUCAGGAUGGAGAGGUGCAGUUCCUGCAGGAGAAGCCAGCGCAGCAACUGAGGAAACUGGUCCUCGAGAUCAUUCAUCGCAUCCCCACCAACGAGCACCUGCGGCCACACACAAAGAACAUCCUGUCUGUGAUGUUUCGCUUCCUGGAGAUCGAGAACGAAGAGAACGUCCUCAUAUGUCUUCGCAUCAUCAUAGAGCUGCACAAACAGUUCCGGCCGGCCAUCACUCAAGAGAUUCACCACUUCCUGGACUUUGUGAAGCAGAUUUAUAAGGAACUGCCGAAGGUGGUGACGCGCUAUUUUGAAAGCCCUCAGGUCAUCCCUGAGAACACAGUUCCUUCGCCAGAGAUGGUGGGCAUGAUCACGUCGGUGGUGGUGAAGACGGCGCCCGAGAGAGAGGACAGCGAGACGCGCACCCACACCAUCAUCCCUCGAGGAUCGCUCUCGCUCAAGGUGCUCGCUGAGUUGCCCAUCAUCGUUGUGCUCAUGUACCAGCUCUACAAACUCAACAUCCACAAUGUGGUCUCAGAGUUUGUCCCGCUCAUCAUGCAGACCAUCAUGCUUCAGGUAUCACCACAGGCCAAGCAGCACAAGCUGUACAAUAAGGAGCUGUAUGCAGACUUCAUUGCAGCGCAGAUCAAGACUCUCUCCUUCUUGGCUUACAUCAUCCGAAUAUACCAGGACCUGGUGGGCAAGUACUCACAGCAGAUGGUGAAAGGGAUGCUGCAGCUGCUCUCGAACUGUCCCUCUGAAACUGCCCACUUGCGGAAAGAGCUGCUCAUCGCCGCCAAGCACAUCCUCACCACUGACCUGCGCAGCCAAUUCAUCCCUUUCAUGGACAAGCUGUUUGAUGAGUCCAUACUGAUUGGCUCAGGUUACACCGCAAGGGAGACACUGAGACCGCUGGCCUACAGCACUCUGGCCGAUCUUGUGCACCAUGUACGGCAGAACCUCCCGCUCACCGACCUCUCCCUUGCCGUGCAACUUUUUGCCAAGAACAUCGACGAUGAAUCGCUGCCCAGUAACAUCCAGACUAUGUCGUGCAAGCUGCUGCUCAACCUGGUCGACUGCAUCCGCUCCAAGAGCGAGCAGGAGAACGGCAACGGCAGGGACAUCCUCAUGCGCAUGCUGGAGGUGUUUGUGCUCAAGUUCCACACCAUUGCUCGCUACCAGCUCGUCUCGAUUUUCAAGAAAUGCAAGCCCCAGUCGGAGAUGGGCGUCAUGGACCCGGGGGUGCUGAGUGCUGUUACUGCCACGCCCACUGCCGCUACCGCAGCCGCCACCACCUCCGCUUCUGCUCCUACCCUGCCCCCCAGCACACCCCUGACUCCCGUUAUGCCGGCCUCGGCCCCCACUGCUUCUUUUGAGCGUCCUGGCGAUAAGGAGAAGGAGGACAAGCAGACGUUUCAGGUGUCCGACUGCCGUAGCCUGGUGAAGACGCUGGUGUGUGGGGUGAAGACCAUCACCUGGGGCAUCACCUCUUGCAAAGCUCCUGGAGAGGCUCAGUUUAUCCCCAACAAGCAGCUGCAACCGAAAGAGACCCAGAUCUACAUCAAGUUAGUGAAGUAUGCUAUGCAGGCUUUAGACAUAUACCAGGUGCAGAUUGCAGGCAACGGGCAGACCUACGUCCGCGUUGCCAACUGCCAGACAGUGCGCAUGAAAGAGGAGAAGGAAGUUCUUGAACACUUUGCUGGUGUGUUCACCAUGAUGAACCCGCUCACUUUCAAGGAGAUCUUUCAGACCACUGUACCUUACAUGGUGGAGCGAAUCUCCAAGAACUAUGCUUUGCAGAUCGUGGCCAACUCCUUCCUGGCCAACCUGUCCACAUCGGCACUGUUUGCUACCAUCCUUGUGGAGUACCUCCUAGAGCGCCUUCCAGAGAUGGGCUCCAACGUUGAGCUCUCCAACCUCUACCUGAAGCUCUUCAAGUUGGUCUUUGGCUCCGUCUCGCUCUUUGCUGCUGAGAAUGAGCAGAUGCUCAAGCCCCACCUGCACAAGAUCGUCAACAGCUCAAUGGAACUGGCCCAGUCCGCCAAGGAGCCCUACAACUACUUUUUACUUCUGCGCGCCCUCUUUCGCUCCAUCGGGGGAGGCAGCCAUGACCUUCUCUACCAGGAGUUUCUGCCGCUGCUUCCGAACCUGCUGCAGGGACUGAACAUGCUGCAGAGUGGCCUGCACAAGCAGCACAUGAAGGACUUGUUUGUGGAGCUGUGCCUCACGGUGCCCGUGCGCCUCAGCUCGCUGCUGCCCUACCUGCCCAUGCUCAUGGACCCGCUGGUGUCGGCACUCAAUGGCUCGCAGACACUCGUGAGCCAGGGCCUGCGCACCCUGGAGCUGUGCGUGGACAACUUGCAGCCCGAUUUCCUGUACGACCACAUUCAGCCGGUGCGCGCCGAGCUCAUGCAGGCGCUGUGGCGCACCCUCAGGAACCCAGCGGAGAGCAUUUCACAUGUCGCCUACCGUGUGCUCGGCAAAUUUGGCGGCAGCAACCGCAAGAUGUUGAAGGAGUCGCAACGGCUGCAGUACGUGGUGACAGAAGUGCAGGGCCCCAGCAUUACCGCCGAGUUUGUGGAUUGCAAGGCUUCCAUUCAGAUCCCCAUGGAGAAGGCUAUAGAAACAGCCCUGGACUGUCUGAAGAGUGCCAACACGGAGCCCUACUACCGACGGCAGGCCUGGGAGGUGAUCAAGUGUUUCCUUGUAGCCAUGACCAGCCUGGAGGACAACAAGCAUGCGCUGUACCAGCUGCUCGCCCACCCCAACUUCACGGAGAAAUGGAUACCCAAUGUGAUCAUCUCGCACCGAUACAAGACACAGGACACUCCAGCACGGCGCACCUUCGAGCAGGCUCUCACGGGUGCCUUCAUGUCCGCGGUCAUUAAGGACCUUAGGCCCAGUGCUUUGCCUUUCGUGGCCAGCCUCAUCCGCCACUACACAAUGGUGGCUGUGGCUCAGCAGUGCGGCCCGUUCCUGCUGCCGUGCUACCAGUCGGGCAGCCAGCCCAGCACUGCCAUGUUCCACAGCGAAGAGAAUGGCUCCAAGGGCAUGGACCCACUGGUACUUAUUGAUGCCAUUGCCAUCUGCAUGGCCUACGAGGAGAAAGAGCUAUGCAAGAUCGGUGAGGUAGCCCUGGCAGUCAUCUUCGAUGUGGCCAGCAUCAUUCUGGGAUCCAAGGAGAGGGCCUGCCAGCUGCCGCUCUUCUCCUACAUCGUGGAGCGCCUGUGCGCCUGCUGUUACGAGCAGGCAUGGUACGCAAAGUUAGGCGGUGUCGUCUCCAUCAAGUUUCUCAUGGAGAGACUGCCCCUCAUCUGGGUGCUGCAGAACCAGCUCACUUUCCUCAAAGCACUCCUCUUUGUCAUGAUGGACCUCACUGGGGAAGUCUCAAAUGGUGCAGUGGCUAUGGCAAAAACCACCCUGGAGCAGUUGCUGGUCCGCUGCGCUACGCCUCUGAAGGAUGAGGAGAGAAGUGAGGAGCUAUUGUCUGCCCAGGACAAAUCUUUCCACAUGGUGGUGCAUGACUUAGUACGGGAGGUGACCUCACCAAACCCCACCGUGAGGAAGCAGGCCAUGCACUCGCUGCAGGUGCUGGCUCAAGUCACCGGCAAGAGCGUCACCGUCAUCAUGGAGCCGCACAAGGAGGUACUGCAGGACAUGGUCCCUCCCAAGAAACAUUUGCUUCGUCACCAGCCAGCCAAUGCUCAAAUUGGCCUAAUGGAGGGCAACACAUUUUGCACCACCCUACAGCCGCGCCUUUUCACCAUGGACCUCAACGUCAUGGAGCACAAGGUUUUCUACACGGAGCUGUUGAACCUGUGUGAGGCCGACGAUGCUGCGCUCAUGAAGCUGGCCUGCUACAAGAGCCUGCCGUCUCUGGUGCCUCUGCGCAUUGCUGCUCUCAAUGCCCUGGCUGCCUGCAACUACCUGCCACAGUCCAGGGAGAAGAUCAUCGCAGCCCUCUUCAAGGCGCUCAACUCCACUAAUGGUGAACUGCAGGAGGCUGGAGAGGCCUGCAUGCGCAAGUUCCUGGAGGGUGCCACCAUUGAAGUAGACCAAAUCCACACUCACAUGCGCCCCCUGUUGAUGAUGCUGGGAGACUACCGCAGCCUGACCCUAAAUGUGGUGAACCGGCUCACGUCGGUCACUCGCCUCUUCCCCAACUCCUUCAACGACAAAUUCUGCGACCAGAUGAUGCAACACCUGCGCAAAUGGAUGGAGGUGGUGGUGAUCACUCACAAGGGUGGCCAGCGCAGUGACGGCAGCCCUGCCGUGGACAGCCUCGAGGAGAUGAAGAUCUGCUCAGCCAUCAUCAACCUGUUCCACUUAAUUCCAGCUGCACCGCAGACGCUGGUGAAGCCUCUGCUCGAGGUGGUUAUGAAGACUGAGCGUGCCAUGCUCAUUGAGGCUGGCAGUCCCUUCAGGGAGCCUCUGAUUCGAUUCCUGACGCGACACCCUUCCCAGACAGUAGAGCUGUUCAUGAUGGAGGCCACCCUCAAUGACCCCCAGUGGAGCCGCAUGUUCAUGAGCUUCCUGAAACAUAAAGAUGCCAAGCCCCUACGGGAUGUCCUGGCCUCGAACCCAGGUCGAUUUGUCCCGCUGCUCGUUCCUCCAGGGCCAGCAGCCACGGUUCGUCCCAGCUCUCCAUCGACCAGCACUGCACGCCUAGACCUGCAAUUUCAGGCUAUCAAGAUCAUCAGUAUCAUCGUGAAGCACGAUGAGGGCUGGCUGGCAGGGCAGCACUCACUGGUCAGUCAGCUGCGCCGUGUGUGGGUCAGCGAUGCUUUCCAGGAGCGCCAUCACAAGGACAACAUGUCUGCCACGAACUGGAAGGAACCAAAGCUGCUGGCAUACUGCCUUCUCAGCUACUGCAAGCGAAACUACUCUGAGAUCGAGCUGCUGUUCCAGCUGCUCCGCGCGUUCACGGGGCGCUUUCUCUGCAACAUGACCUUUCUCAAAGACUACAUGGAGGAGGAAAUCCCAAAGAAUUACAGCAUUGCACAUAAGCGAGCUCUCUUCUUCCGCUUUGUGGAGUUCAACGAUCCCCACUUUGGGGAUGAACUCAAGGCAAAGGUCCUCCAGCACGUUCUCAAUCCGGCCUUCUUGUACAGUUUUGAGAAGGGUGAAGGGGAGCAGUUGCUUGGCCCCCCCAACCCUGAGGGUGACAACCCAGAAAGUAUCACCAGUGUCUUCAUCACCAAGGUGCUGGACCCAGAGAAGCAGGCAGACCUGCUGGAUUCGCUGCGCAUCUACCUGCUCCAGUUCGCCACUCUGCUGGUGGAACACGCCCCGCACCACAUUCAUGACAACAACAAGAGCCGCAACAGCAAGCUGCGCCGUCUCAUGACCUUCGCCUGGCCCUGCCUGCUCUCCAAGGCGUGCGUGGAUCCUGCGUGCAAGUACAGCGGUCACUUGCUGCUGGCUCACAUCAUCGCCAAGUUCGCCAUCCACAAAAAAAUUGUGCUUCAGGUCUUUCACAGCCUGCUGAAGGCCCACACCAUGGAGGCCCGAGUAGUGGUACGACAGGCCAUGGCCAUCCUCACGCCGGCUGUGCCGGCACGCAUGGAGGACGGCCACCAGAUGUUGACGCACUGGACCCGCAAGAUUAUUGUGGAGGAGGGUCACACCGUGCCACAGCUAGUGCACAUCUUACACCUUAUUGUGCAGCACUUCAGAGUGUACUACCCCGUGAGACACCACCUCGUCCAGCACAUGAUCAGUGCUAUGCAGCGCCUCGGCUUCACGCCCAGCGUCACUAUUGAACAGAGAAAACUGGCCGUCGACCUGGCUGAAGUCGUGAUCAAGUGGGAACUGCAGAGGAUCAAGGAUCAGCAGUCGGAUUUGGACGGCGAGUCAGGGAGCAGCGGAGAGGGGACCAGCACUCCGUCUGGGGCUGUGAAACGUGGUCUUUCCUUGGAUUCGAGUCAAGAUCUGAAGCGGUUCCGCACUGCUACUGGAGCUGCGGUCAGCACGGUUUUCGGCAGGAGUCAGUCUACAACAGGGGCGGAGGCUCUGCUCACUAAGCCCCUGGAGAAGCAGCACACAGACACUGUGGUCAGCUUCCUUAUUCGCAUUGCCUGCCAGGUCAACGACAGCACGGGUGCGCCAGGCUCUCCUGGGGAGCUUCUUUCCCGCCGCUGCGUUAGCCUCAUGAAGACAGCCUUGCGUCCAGAUAUGUGGCCCCGAGCAGAGCUUAAACUGCAGUGGUUUGACAAGCUUCUCAUGUCUGUGGAACAGCCAACCCAGGCCAACUUUGCCAACAUCUGUACAGGACUGGAGAUCUUGCACUUCCUGCUGACAGUGCUACAGUCCCCAGCUAUCUUGGCCCACUUCAAGCCCCUGCAGCGUGGUAUCGCCGCAUGUAUGACCUGUGGCAAUACCAAAGUGCUGCGUGCCGUGCAUAACCUGCUCUCGCGCCUCAUGAGCAUCUUCCCCACUGAACCCAGCUCGUCCACAGUUGCUUCCAAAUAUGAGGAGCUCGAAUGUCUGUACGCUGCAGUGGGGAAGGUCAUCUAUGAAGGGCUCACCAACUAUGAGAAGGCCACCAACGCCAACCCUACCCAGCUUUUUGGUACCCUGAUGAUCCUCAAAUCGGCGUGCAGCUACAACCCCAGCUACAUCGACCGGCUUAUCUCCGUGUUCAUGCGCUCGCUCCAGAAGAUGGUGAGAGAGCAUUUGAACCCUCAGACCAACGCUGGAACCACAGAGACUAACACAGUGACCAGCGAGCUGGUGAUACUGAGUCUAGACCUGGUCAAGACCCGGCUGUCGGUCAUGAGCCUGGAGAUGAGGAAGAAUUUCAUUCAGGUCAUUCUCACCUCCCUCAUCGAGAAGUCAACCGACGCAAAGAUCCUUCGUGCUAUUGUGAAGAUUGUUGAGGAGUGGGUGAAGAACACAUCUUCUAUGGCCAACCAAGUGCCGAAUCCCAGGGAGAAGUCCAUUUUACUGGUGAAAAUGAUGACCUAUAUCGAGAAGCGCUUUUCUGAAGACCUUGAACUGAAUGCUCAGUUCCUAGACCUUGUUAACUAUGUGUACAGAGAUGAAAACCUCUCAGGGAGUGAUAUCACAUCCAAGCUAGAGCCAGCAUUCUUGUCGGGCUUGCGCUGUGCCCAGCCACUCAUCCGGGCCAAGUUUUUCGACGUGUUUGACAACUCCAUGAAGAGACGUGUCUACGAGAGGCUUCUCUACAUCUGCUGCUCGCAGAACUGGGAAGCUAUGGGCAACCACUUCUGGAUCAAGCAGUGCAUUGAGCUGCUGCUGGCAGUGUGCGAGCACAAUGGCACCAUUGGUACCAGCUGUCAGGGGGCCAUGCUUCCGUCUAUCACCAAUGUCAUCAACCUGGCUGACAGCCAUGACCGCGCUGCCUUUGCCAUGGCAACACACAUCAAGCAAGAGCCCCGUGAGAGAGAGAACAAUGAAACCAAGGAAGAGGAUGUGGAGAUAGACAUAGAGCUGGCCCCUGGGGAUCAGAGCAGCACUCCCAAAACAAAGGAGCAGGCUGAGAGGGAUGCUGGAAAUCAGCUGCACAUGCUUACCAACAGGCAUGACAAAUUCCUGGACUCUCUCAGGGAAGUCAAGACUGGAGCUCUUCUCAACGCCCUCGUCCAGCUGUGCCACAUUUCCACCCCUCUGGCUGAAAAGACCUGGGUGCAGCUCUUUCCGCGGCUCUGGAAGAUCCUGUCAGACCGACAGCAGCAUGCCCUGGCGGGAGAAAUCAGCCCCUUCCUGUGCAGUGGCAGCCACCAGGCACAGCGAGACUGCCAGCCCAGUGCACUGAGCUGCUUUGUGGAGGCCCUCUCGCAGUGUGUGCCCCCAAUUCCCAUACGGCCCUGCGUGCUCAAGUACCUGGGCAAAACUCACAACCUGUGGUUUCGCUCCACGCUCCUGCUGGAGCAGCAGGCCUUUGAGAAGGGGCUCAGUCUACACCUAAAGCCCAGGCAGAGCAGUGAAUUCUAUGAGCAGGAGAGCAUUACACCACCCCAACAGGAGAUCCUGGAUUCCCUAGCAGAGCUCUACUCGCUACUGCAGGAGGAGGAUAUGUGGGCAGGGCUGUGGCAGAAGCGCUGCAAGUUCCCUGAGACAAGCACAGCCAUUGCUUUUGAACAGCAUGGCUUCUUUGAGCAGGCCCAGGAGACCUAUGAGAAGGCCAUGGAGAAAGCACGUAAGGAGCACGAGAGGAACAAUGCCCCUCCUGCUGUCCUACCAGAGUACCAGCUGUGGGAGGACCACUGGAUCCGGUGUUCCAAAGAACUCAACCAGUGGGAAGCCCUGACAGAGUAUGGCCAGUCCAAGGGGCAUAGCAAUCCCUUCCUGGUGCUGGAGUGUGCUUGGAGGGUAUCCAACUGGGCUGCCAUGAAGGAAGCCAUGGUGCAGGUGGAGCUCAGUUGCCCCAAAGAGAUGGCCUGGAAGGUGAACAUGCAUCGAGGCUACUUGGCUAUCUGCCACCCCGAAGAGCAGCAGCUCAACUUCAUCGAACGCCUGGUAGAAAUGGCUAGUAGCCUGGCUAUCCGUGAAUGGAGGCGGCUUCCCCACAUCGUAUCCCAUGUCCAUACGCCCCUGCUGCAGGCUGCCCAGCAAAUCAUUGAGCUACAGGAAGCAGCGCAGAUCAACGCCGGCCUACAGCCAGCCAGUUUAGGGCGCAACACCAGCCUGCAUGACAUGAAAACAGUGGUGAAAACAUGGAGGAACCGCCUGCCUAUUGUUUCCGAUGACCUCUCACACUGGAGUAGCAUCUUUAUGUGGAGGCAACACCACUACCAAGCUAUUGUGACUGCGUACGAGAGCAGCACACAACAUGACCCAAGCUCCAAUAAUGCCAUGCUGGGUGUGCAUGCUUCUGCCUCUGCCAUCAUCCAGUACGGAAAAAUUGCACGUAAGCAAGGCCUGGUCAAUGUGGCACUUGACAUUCUCAGCCGCAUCCACACUAUUCCCACCGUGCCCAUCGUGGACUGCUUCCAGAAGAUCCGCCAACAGGUCAAGUGUUACCUCCAGCUGGCUGGUAUUAUGGGCAAGAAUGAAUGCAUGCAGGGCCUGGAGGUGAUUGAGUCAACCAACCUGAAGUACUUCACCAAGGAGAUGACAGCGGAGUUCUAUGCUCUGAAGGGCAUGUUCCUAGCGCAGGUCAACAAGUCUGAAGAGGCAAACAAAGCGUUUUCAGCUGCUGUGCAGAUGCAUGAUGUACUGGUGAAGGCUUGGGCGAUGUGGGGGGACUACCUGGAGAACAUCUUUGCCAAAGACCGGCAACUGCACCUGGGAGUGUCAGCCAUCACUUGUUACCUGCAUGCAUGUAGACAUCAGAAUGAGAGUAAAUCCCGCAAGUACCUGGCCAAGGUACUUUGGUUGCUAAGCUUUGAUGAUAAAAACACACUGGCGGAUGCAGUGGAAAAAUACUGCAUUGGUGUGCCACCAAUCCAGUGGCUUGCCUGGAUCCCUCAGCUGCUCACCUGUCUGGUGGGCUCUGAAGGAAAGCCAUUGCUCAACCUCAUCAGCCAGGUAGGGCGCAUGUAUCCACAAGCAGUUUACUUCCCCAUCCGAACCCUGUACCUGACACUCAAAAUUGAGCAGAGGGAGCGCUACAAAAGCGACUCUGGCCAGCAGCAGCCGACUUCAGUAGGUGCCCCACCUCAUUCGGCCUCGGACCCAGGGCCUAUCCGUGCAACCGCACCCAUGUGGCGGUGCAGCCGCAUCAUGCACAUGCAGAGAGAGCUUCACCCCACCCUGCUGUCAUCACUUGAGGGUAUUGUGGACCAGAUGGUGUGGUUCAGGGAAAACUGGCAUGAAGAGGUUUUAAGACAGCUGCAGCAGGGCUUGGCCAAGUGCUAUUCUGUGGCUUUUGAGAAGAGUGGAGCUGUCUCGGAUGCCAAGAUCACCCCCCACACCCUCAAUUUUGUGAAGAAGUUGGUCAGCACGUUUGGGGUGGGCCUUGAGAAUGUGUCCAACGUGUCCACCAUGUUCUCCAGUGCUGCAUCUGAGUCGCUUGCCCGACGGGCCCAAGCUACAGCCCAAGAUCCGGUCUUUCAGAAAAUGAAGGGCCAGUUCACCACAGACUUUGACUUCAGCGUGCCAGGGUCUAUGAAACUUCAUAACCUUAUUUCCAAGCUCAAGAAAUGGAUCAAGAUCCUGGAGGCCAAAACCAAACAGCUGCCUAAGUUCUUCUUGAUUGAGGAGAAAUGUCGUUUCCUCAGCAACUUCUCGGCCCAAACAGCAGAGGUCGAGAUUCCGGGGGAGUUCCUCAUGCCCAAACCCACGCACUACUACAUCAGAAUUGCGAGGUUCAUGCCACGGGUGGAGAUUGUCCAAAAGCACAACACGGCAGCGCGGCGACUAUACAUACGCGGCCACAAUGGAAAGAUGUACCCCUAUCUGGUCAUGAAUGACGCCUGCUUGACGGAGUCGCGCCGGGAAGAGCGCGUCUUGCAGCUCCUGCGUCUGCUGAACCCGUGCCUAGAGAAAAGGAAAGAAACAACCAAGCGCCACCUCUUCUUCUCAGUUCCAAGGGUGGUGGCUGUGUCCCCUCAGAUGCGGCUAGUGGAGGACAACCCUUCAUCACUGUCUCUGGUGGAGAUCUACAAGCAGCGCUGUGCCAAGAAGGGCAUUGAGCAUGACAAUCCUGUGUCCCGCUACUACGACCGCUUGGCCACUGUUCAGGCACGCGGCACGCAGGCCAGCCACCAGGUGCUACGUGACAUUCUGAAAGAAGUGCAGGGGAACAUGGUUCCGCGCAGCAUGCUUCGGGAAUGGACGCUUCACAUGUUCCCCAAUGCUACGGACUACUGGACCUUUCGCAAGAUGUUCACAAUCCAGCUGGCUCUUAUAGGUCUGGCUGAGUUUGUGUUGCACCUCAACCGUCUUAACCCAGAGAUGCUGCAGAUUGCUCAGGACACCGGGAAGCUGAAUGUUGCUUACUUCCGCUUCGAUAUAAAUGAUGCCACUGGUGACCUGGAUGCAAAUCGACCUGUUCCAUUUCGUCUCACUCCGAAUAUAUCGGAGUUCCUGACGCCGAUCGGGGUCUGUGGUCCUCUCACAGCCUCCAUGAUUGCUGUUGCCCGGUGUUUUGCUCAACCCAGCUUCAAGGUGGAUGGAAUUCUGAGGGCCGUCCUGAGGGAUGAGAUAAUCGCCUGGCACAAGAAGACACAAGAAGACACCUCUAUGCCACUAUCCCCUGCAGGACAGCCUGAGAACAUGGACAGCCAGCAGCUGGUGUCCCUGGUCCAGAAGGCAGUUUCUGCCAUCAUGUCCCGACUGCACAACCUGGCCCAGUUUGAAGGGGGCGAGAGCAAAGUCAACACACUUGUGGCAGCAGCCAACAGCUUGGACAACCUGUGCCGCAUGGACCCUGCAUGGCAUCCAUGGUUAUGAAGCUGUGUGUGUGUGUGUGUGUGUGUGUGUGUGUGUGUGUGUGUGUGUGUGUGUGUGUCUCUCUGUCUGUCUGUUUCUCCAUCUGGCUGCAAAUAAGCAGGACAAUACUUUUAAAUGUGGCAGUGUCAGAGACGGGGAAAGCCUUUUGAUGUAAUGUUACUAUUAUACACUAUUUUUAUAAAAUGUAAAACAAUAAAUGUAUUGUUUUAAAGAUUAAACAUCUUCUGGUGCAGGAUAUGUGCUUCUAUAAAGACGUGGAACCAGGUUAUGUAAUUUUUCAAAGUAUAAAAAUGUAGGAAAUGUCUGGAACCAGAAGGACUUUUGAUCUCUGCUGUUAUGUAAAUUGAAGAUGAGGGUUUGGAAACUUUUUUUUUUUUUUUUUUUUUUAAAAACUGUAGUG